CUGCACCUGGCACAGGUGAGCACAGCACACCCUGCAGAAGGAAAUGCCGAGCAGCGGGGAUCUCCGCGCAACGGGGCUCCCGGCCCCCGCCGCACCAACGGAGCCCACGGUGAACGUCUUCCAGACGCAGGAUCCGAUCACCCCCCAGCCUGGUGCAGAGCCCCCAGCUCCAGCGGGGAGCCCGGCCCCCAACCCACCCCGUGACACCUGGGCCGGGCGGCACACCUUCCUGCUCUCCUGCCUGGGCUACUGCGUGGGGCUGGGCAACGUCUGGCGCUUCCCCUACCUGUGCUACCGCAAUGGAGGAGGCGUCUUCCUCAUCCCCUACUUCCUCAUGCUGCUCCUGGUGGGGCUGCCCCUCUUCCUGAUGGAGCUGAGCCUGGGGCAGUACGGGGCCGCGGGGCCCAUCACCGUCUGGAAGUGCUGCCCCAUCCUGCAAGGUGUUGGUGUGGGCAUGAUGGUGGUGUCCUCCCUGGUGUCCAUCUACUACAACGUCAUCAUCGCAUGGGCCUUCUACUACCUGGGCUCGUCCUUCCAGAGCCCCCUGCCCUGGUCCUGCGAUGCCCCCCGGAACGCGGAGCUCUGCCAGAAUGCAUCAGGGAGUGCUACCCAUACCAGUGCCAGUGAGGCUUUCUGGAACGAGCAGGUGCUGGGAGUGACACACAGCUCUGGCCUUGGUGACCCCGGCUCAGUGCAGUGGCUGCUUGCACUGUGUCUGCUGGCAGCCUGGAUCGUGGUCUUCCUGUGCAUGCUGGGGGGCAUCCACAGCUCAGGCAAGGUGGUGUACAUCACGGCCACCUUCCCCUACCUGAUCCUCCUCAUCCUCAUCAUCCGUGGGGCCACGCUGCCCGGCUCCCUCGAUGGCGUCCGCUUCUACCUCUCCUCGGAUUGGAGCAAGCUGCUGAGCGCGCAGGUGUGGAGCGAUGCGGCCUCGCAGAUCUUCUACUCGCUGGGCAUCGGCUUUGGGGGGCUGCUCUCCAUGGCCUCCUACAACAAGUUUGACAACAACGUCGUUCGGGACACCCUGGUCAUCGCCAUCGGGAACUGCUGCACCAGUUUCUUGGCCGGCUUCGCCAUCUUCUCGGUGCUGGGACACAUGGCCUUGAAGAGGGACAUCCCUGUGGGCAGCGUCGCUGAGUCUGGCCCUGGGCUGGCGUUCGUGGCGUACCCUGAGGCUCUCUCCCUGCUGCCUGGUUCCCCGUUCUGGUCCAUCCUCUUCUUCCUGAUGCUCUUCAUGCUGGGAGUGGACACUUUGUUUGGGAACAUCGAGGCCAUCACGACCGCCAUCAUGGAUGAGUUCCCAGCCCUGCGGGAGGGGAAGAGGAAGGUGACGUUCCUGGCUGUGCUCUGCUUCUCCUUCUACCUCCUGGGGCUCCUCCUCGUCACCCAGGGUGGCAUCUUCUGGUUCACCCUCAUUGACACCUACAGCACCAGCUUCGGGCUGAUCAUCAUCACCCUCCUCAUGUGCAUCGGCAUCGCCUCCUGCUAUGGCAUUCAGCGGUUCUGCUGGGACAUUGUGACCAUGAUCUGCCGCUGCCCGCCGUGGUACAGCCGUGUGCUGGGCUGCUUCAAGGUGUGCUGGGUCUUCUUCACCCCCUGCCUGCUGCUGUUCACACUCAUCUUCACGUUCCUGGACAUGUACAACGUUCCCCUGCGCUACGGCACCUAUGAGUUCCCAGCGUGGGGCACCAGCCUGGGUGUCUGCAUGGGCGUCCUCAGCUGUGUGCAGAUCCCCAUCGGUGCCAUUGUGGCUCUGUGCCACCAGACUGGGACACUGAGAGAUCGCUUCCAGAAAGCCAUGCAGCCCCUCCACUCCUGGGGGAGAACCGCUGCCAGCACCGAGCCCAUCAUCGAGGUGCCCUUCACCAUCACCCUGAGCAGCAGCGACUUCACCACACCGCCGCACAGCGAGAGCUGAACCGGCGCCGGGCAGCGCCGCGGUGCCGCGUCCCAGAGGUUGGUGAUCACUGAUCCCAGCGUGGAUUUUAAUCCUCUUUCCUGGAAACGUUCUGUGUGCUCCAAAAGGUGCCUCCAAGGGACUCUCUAUGAGCAGGGCUGGCGGUGCGGGCUGCGCUCCAGUCCCUUGCUGGCCCUUGUGGGCACCGUCUGCCUUGGGGCAGCUGCAUGGACCCAGCGGGGCUGGCAGCGUUCUGCCCGCAGCAGCCGCCUCUGCGUGGCCCUGUGCACAUCCUGAGCCCGGGGCUGGGAUGGCCCAAGGGUGAGCCUGGAGCUUCAGGGGCUCCUUUCCAGCUCGCCAUCCCCACACACUGCUGGACAGGACAGGUGGGGAUGAGCCUUCCUUGGAGGCACGGCCUUCCUUGGAGGCUGCCCGGGCGCCCCUGGGUGGCGUCCUCAGCCCGGUCCCGGUGUCCAUCCAUCCUUCCUGUGGGCACCCAGCCCUGCCUCGAUCCUCCCAGCCGGGACCCCACCUCUGCAGGGCAGGAAGAGAGAGCACAGCAGGCGCCUGCUCGUAAAAUAGACUACAUGCUUUAUUGGAUUUAAAAGUUUUAUGAAAUGGCCCAAAAAUAAAAUAAAUCGAGUUGGCAGAGGCGUCACCACCA